CUGCAAUGAAAACUUACACUUCAUUUUCUUUCCUAAAAGGAAAAAGGAAGCAUGUGACGAAACUGAAGUGUGUUCUGACACAUCAUGUCCUGAACUGCAGCCAUAAGAGCCCUCCCCAGCCCGACCCAGAUCAGCCCACUCCCUCUCAAGUGCUCACAGCUGUGGGACUAGAGCCAGAUGUGUCCCGCCAAUAAGGCCUUCCUCCAUGGAGAAGCCCCUCACGGUCCUGCGAGUGAGCCUGUACCACCCCACGCUGGGUCCAUCUGCCUUUGCCAAUGUCCCACCACGGCUGCAGCAUGACACCAGCCCUCUGCUGCUCGGACGGGGGCAGGACACCCACCUCCGGCUGCAGCUCCCCAACCUCUCCCGCCGUCACCUGUCCCUGGAGCCCUACCUGGAGAAAGGCAGUGCUCUUCUGACCUUCUGUCUCAAGGCCCUGAGCCGCAAAGCCUGUGUGUGGGUCAACGGUCUGACGCUGAGGUACCUGGAGCAGGUCCCCCUCAGCACCGUCAACAGAGUCUCCUUCUCAGGCAUCCAGAUGCAGCUUUGUGUAGAAGAAGGCACAUCCCUGGAGGCCUUUGUCUGCUAUUUCCAUGUCAGCCCUUCACCCCUGAUUUACAGACCUGAGGCUGAGGAAACUGACGAAUGGGAAGGCAUCUCCCAGGAGCAGCCUCCCCCCGCUGGUUCAGGGCAGCAGACUCCCGGUUGCCUGGGGUUUCUCCACGGCCCUUCCCAGACUUGGGACAGUGCUCUCCAGCCAAGCCCUGGAGGAGGAACAGAAAUACAGCUCCAGAGGGAACCCCCAGACGGUGAACUCUGCUAGCCCUGCCACUAGAUCAAGCCUCUGCUAGACAAAACAGGGCUUGAAAUAUUUGAGCUGCAACAUGCAAGGUUGACAUGCAAAACCCACCGGCUGCCUUGCUCAUAAUGAACCAAUUCUGCAAACAUGGAACAAACAGCCCAGGGUGGAGAAGCACCCUCUGUGGCCAGAGCUAUGCAAGGUAACGGGAACUUCAUAUAUUUCUAGAGGCCCUAAGGGUUCUGGGGAGCCUCUCUCAGCAUUUCCACACAUUUCCUCCUCUCGUCUGACUAGGAGUUACUUUAUGUUGUUCAUUUUGCCUGCUGCUUAAGAGCGGGAGUUUGAGGUUGCACCAGGAAUGCGUGGACACAUGUAACAAUUACAUUUGUGGUAGCUUGGGGUUACUUUCAGCUUUCAAAUACCCAUAGGCACUCGGGGCUUAGGAAAGCCUGAGUUUAAUAAACUGCAAGUAUUUCAUUAA